AUGCUACGUCCCGCGAGCCCCCUCGCACGCAGCCUCGCCCGCGGGCUCUCCACCGCGCUCGACUUCGCGCGCAGAAACGAGGCCAUCGCGGCGCGCGCCCGCGACUUCUACCCGUCGCUGUCGCGCGUCGCGCCAGCGACAGCCACGGUCGCGGGCUUCGUCCGCAAGUACUGCGACCUUGAGCACGACCGGCCGGACCUUCGCGAGGUGCUGCGCGCGCGCGUCGACUCCGUGCGCGUCGCGGGCAAAAACAUGUGCUUCGUCGACGUCUCCAGCGCGCGCUGCUCCACGCAGCUCAUCCUCAACUACAACGUCAUGGCCGCGCACGCGGCGCCCGGCGCCGCGGCGCUGUCGCGCCAGCAGUUCUUCCAGCACGUCCAGGACCUGCGUCCCGGCGACCACGUCCAGGCGUGCGGGUUCCCGGGCCGCUCGCAGCGCGAGCGCACGCUCUCGCUCAAGUGCACGCAGCUCACGACGCUGCUGGCGCCCGCGCUGCGCGCGCUGCCGCCUCGGCUGUCGGACCCCGCGAAGCGCAACCAGAACCGGGUCCUGGACUACCUGGUCAACGGGCACGACGCGCUGCGCGUGCGCCACAGCGUGCUCUCCGCGCUGCGUGAGUUCCUCGACGCGCGCGGCUUCCUCGAGGCCGAGACCCCGGUUCUGUCGCCCAAGGCCAACGGCGCGGCCGCGGAGCCCUUCACGACGCGCACCAACGCGACCAACGCGGCGCUCCAGCUGCGCGUCGCGCCCGAGCUGUGGCUCAAGCGGCUCGUCGUCGCGGGCGUCGACCGCGUCUACGAGCUCGGCCGCGUCUUCCGCAACGAGGGCGUGGACGCGUCGCACAACCCGGAGUUCACGACCCUCGAGUUCUACCAGACCUACGCGUCCAUGGAAGACCUCAUCGCGCUCGCCGAGCAGCUCCUGCUCCACGUGCUCGAGCGCGCCGACACCGCGCGUGCGCGCGAGCUCAAAGCCGUGCUGCUCGCCAACGGCGGCCGCUUCGCCCGCGUCGAGUUCCUGCCGACCCUGCAGCGCGAAACCGGCAUCGACUUCUCUCAGCUGGACCUCGCCGACCCGCGCGCGCUGGCUGCGGCCCUCGAGGCCCGCGGAAUCGAGCUCGACACGGCGGACCGCUCUCCACAGCAGAUCCUCAACGCGCUGUGCGCGCGUUACAUAGAGGAUCGCCAUUGCCGCGGCUCGCUGCCGACGCUCAUCUUCCACCACCCGACCGUGAUGUCCCCGCUGGCCAAGGGCAACCCGGACGACGACAUGCUGACCACCAAGCGCUUCGAGGUCUUCAUCGGGGGCAAGGAAUACAUUAACGCCUACGAAGAGGAGAACUGCCCGCAGGCGCAGCUACAAAAGUUCGAGGCCCAGCAACAGGCCCAGGAAGCCUACGGCGACAGAGAGUCGUUGGCCAUUGACCACGCCUACGUGGACGCCAUGAAGUGGGGGAUGCCCCCUAUAGGCGGCUUUGGCGUCGGCAUCGACCGGCUCUGCAUGCUGCUCACCGGCGACACGCGCAUUGAGCGCGUGCUGAGCUUUGGAACCAUUGACGAUAUAGGCAAGCAAUAG